CGUAGGUAGCGCAAUGAAAAAAUAGAAUUUCAGGACCCCGCCGCUGUCGCGGCAGCCUAUAAAAGUGUUUGGUUGUGUUCCCAGCAUCCAGUCGCAUCGCAACAAGCUCUUAGCUGUGUUCUUUCUGUCUAGUGUGAGCAGUGAUCAACCACAUCAAACAACAUGUGUGACGACGAUGUUGCGGCUCUUGUCGUUGACAAUGGCUCUGGUAUGUGCAAGGCUGGCUUCGCCGGUGAUGACGCCCCCCGUGCCGUCUUCCCGUCCAUCGUCGGUCGCCCAAGACAUCAGGGCGUCAUGGUCGGUAUGGGCCAAAAAGACUCCUAUGUAGGAGACGAAGCCCAGAGCAAAAGAGGUAUCCUCACCUUGAAAUACCCCAUUGAACACGGCAUCAUCACCAACUGGGAUGACAUGGAAAAGAUCUGGCAUCACACCUUCUACAACGAGCUCCGCGUCGCCCCAGAGGAACACCCCGUCUUGCUCACCGAAGCCCCCUUGAACCCCAAAGCCAACCGCGAAAAGAUGACCCAAAUCAUGUUUGAGACCUUCAACACCCCCGCCAUGUAUGUCGCCAUCCAGGCCGUGCUCUCCUUGUACGCCUCCGGUCGUACCACCGGUAUUGUCUUGGACUCUGGCGAUGGUGUCACCCACACCGUCCCCAUCUAUGAAGGUUACGCUCUCCCCCAUGCCAUCCUCCGUCUGGACUUGGCUGGUCGCGACUUGACCGACUACCUCAUGAAAAUCCUCACUGAACGUGGCUACUCGUUCACAACCACCGCUGAAAGGGAAAUUGUCCGUGACAUCAAGGAGAAACUCUGCUAUGUCGCCCUGGACUUUGAACAGGAAAUGGCCACCGCUGCCGCCUCCACCUCCCUGGAAAAGAGCUACGAACUCCCUGACGGUCAGGUCAUCACCAUCGGCAACGAGAGGUUCCGCUGCCCUGAAGCCCUCUUCCAGCCUUCCUUCUUGGGUAUGGAAUCGUGCGGUAUCCAUGAAACCGUCUACAACUCCAUCAUGAAAUGCGACGUUGACAUCCGUAAGGACUUGUACGCCAACACUGUCCUCUCCGGAGGCACCACCAUGUACCCUGGUAUUGCUGACCGCAUGCAAAAGGAAAUCACUGCCCUUGCUCCCUCGACCAUCAAGAUCAAGAUCAUUGCUCCCCCAGAAAGGAAGUACUCCGUCUGGAUCGGUGGGUCCAUCUUGGCUUCCCUCUCCACCUUCCAACAGAUGUGGAUCUCCAAGCAAGAAUACGACGAAUCCGGCCCUGGAAUCGUCCACCGCAAGUGCUUCUAAGCUGUUUUGCAUUUUUAUUCGCCAUAUGUUGUUAUACCUGUAUCAUUACAUCUACAGAUUUAUUAUUGUUGCGACCGUGGUUGUACUGCCAGACAGACUUUAUAUGAAACAUCUUAUCAAUUAACAUCUUUGAAUAUAUUUAUUUAUAAUUUGUUAUCAUUUACUUAAUUGUAACUAUACCAUGUGACUGGGCAGGUAAAUAAAUCCCUAUCUAGUAACA